GUAUCCAAAUGAUUUGCACUUACGUCUCGUGUGCUCGUGGCAUCCGUGAGACCGUGACACCCAAAUCCACAAUUUGGACGAGCACGCACACAAGUCCACGGCCCGAACAGUAAAUAGUUACAGUAGUACUACGCACUACGAGGCCACGAGCGAUGCCUGAUAUCCCCAAGGAACACCAACCAAAGCCUCCACGCCUCCUUGUUCACGUGCCACGGCAAAGGGUGAAAUCGUUCACGGGUUCGCGGCGAGCUCCUAGAUAAAAUGCCUCGACGACGGCCAUCAGGAUGAAAACACCGCCUCGUGCCUCCAUCGUCCCGAGGAUCGAUCGAAGAGCCAGACGUGCCGCGAUGAGCCGCCGCACCAGGCGCGGCGACCGGCAGCAGCAGCCGCCAGCUCAUUGCACGACCGUGUCCGACAAUCCCAUCUUCUUUGUGCACGACGGCCUCGACGACGCGCCGGGCGCCGCAGUCGCCAAGCCGCUGCCGCUGCCUCCGAGCAGGGCGCACCUGCAGCCUGCGGGCUCGCGGCGGGCAGCCGGUUCCACGUUCGUGGCGAGCCGGCACGGGAGCGGCUGGGUCCUGAGGAGGGUGCACCAACAGGACCCGUUCCUCGCCGCCUACGUGGCCUGCACCAAGAGCGGCGGCGGCGGCAAGGUCGACGCUGCUCCGCCAAAGAGGGAGCAAAAGAAGAAGAACAGGGGCAGAGGCGAUGCUGCUGUCCAGGGGUGCGGCAUUUGGAGCGGUUGGACGGCGGCGGGAGCAAAGUACGCCGGAGCGAUGUCGUGUAAGUACGGCUGCAACGUUGCCACCGCGCAGGGCGACGAUCCUGCCGCGUCCCCGGCGCCCAGGCUGCACCUGUCGCGGCAGCUGGUGGUGAUACCGGCCAGGAAGAGGGCCCUGCAGCCACUGGGGCGGGCGCAGGGCUGAGGGGAGGGUGCUGUACUUGUGUUUGUUUUUUUUUGUUUUUUUUUACCGGGAGUACUUGUGUUUGUUUCUGGUGUUGUGUAGUGCACCCCACCAUGUACUCCCUCAGUUUCCAAAUAUAAGUCGUUGAAAGUGUAAACUAAACUCCCCCAACAAUUUAUAUUUCGAAACAGAGAUAAUAGUAUAUGACCUAUAAUCAAUGUAACAAUACUACUGCAGUGUGUAAAAUUAUGAAGAGAUAGACAUUUACUCCCUUCGUUUCUAAAUAUACGUUUUUUUAGAGCUUUCAAUACAAACUACAUAAAGAAGUACUUCCUCUGUAAACUAAUAUAAAAUCGUUUAGAUCAUUAUUUUAAUGUUUUAAAUGCUUUUAUAUUAGUUUACGGAGGGAGUAAAUUUGUGUGUGUAUAUUGUUCUGUGAUCCAUCGUCAUAUAGACGAAACAUGAAAUCAACCGAGCUCUGUUACAUCCACGGAGGAUUCACUGGGAAUUUACGGGGUUUUUUAAUGCGGCACACAGUAUACGAAGCGUCCCCCUGUUAGCAACACUCUUCUCACAGGGAUCUAUUCCUCAUCAAUUCAGAUUGCAAGCCAUGGAUUCAUCAGGUUCUAGCCAUUACAAGGGAGGAGAGGAACACCAAAGGAAGAGGAAGACAGGCAGAAGAGGCCUAAGUUGUCCUGAUCCGAGCCGAGUUGUUCGUAGACCUUCCCUGCGUACUUGUAGUAGCUCCCUCCCGAGGCCUUAUUGCAGCCCAUGGCCCCGUCCAGGUGAUAGUAGGUUGGUCGCUAACAUUCGCCGCUCCUUAAAGAUCGGCUUGACCUCAAGCCGAUGCCAUGUUAAACCACUUGGAUCCCAUGGUGCUUGUGAUUUUCUUGAGUUCAUCGAGCCAUGGUCGAACAACAUUGAAGGGAUGUCGAAGCAGGCAUCGCCGAGGUAGCUGUCGGUUACGCCACAGACUUGCUCGAAAUAGAAGUGCAUUUGUGGCCGACCUGGGCUUGCUCGAAGGAAGUGG